AUGUGUCGGACGGUGUCGUGGGAGCCUCCGCCAAAGAACUGGUAUAAGGUGAAUACGGGUGGCGCAUAUGAUGUAUCCUCUAACCAUUCGGGUUGCGGUGGAGUGAUAAGGGAUGCAGGGGCCGAUGGAUUGGUGGAUUUGCACGAGGAGAUCAAUAAUUGUGAAGUUUGUUCGACUCUCCAACAAGCAAGGAAUUCGGAUAUGGCUUCACCACUUCUUCCUAUUAUUGUCGAGCUCUUGGAGCGGGAUUGGACUGUUCAGAUCACUCAUGUGGUGCGGGAGAAAAAUGUGGCUGCAGAUUACAUGGCGAGGAUUGGUCGAUCAAUGGCUCCUGGUUUGCGAACGUACAACACCCCUCCGGCUGAAGUGCUAGAUGUGAUUCAAGUUGAAGCUGAUCAUUAG